GGCUUAGCGUACUUUGGGGAACGUGAACGAUGCGUUUCACAUCCUAGGCUCUACUCCAACAUUGGAUUGUUGACAGACCCGUAGAAGAAAUCGACCAUGAUCAUUUAGCGCUCCAAGCCGACAACAGCAGGAGAAGGGGAGUACCUCCCUGCGUACCACACAUCAUGCCUUCCGUCGUCGAGCCCAGAGAUGAGCUAUGGAUGGCCAUCAAGCAGAUGGCGCAGUCCUCAUCGGACUCGGAUUACAUCGAGCAGCUAGUACCCUUGAUGAAGGAUCCACGGUACUCGCACCAACUCCAACAGGCCUUUGCCUACUUCGCGGAAGACCGCAACAAGGAAAUCCAAAGGAUAUGCAGUGCUACUCACCAGGAGUUCACGAACUCAGUAACCUCCUUACUGGAGGUCCGGAAUGAUUCCGCCGCUAUGACUGCCGAGAUCCUGCAGGUCAACCAGUCCAUUCAGGAGAGCAUUCGGAGAAUGGCCGAGCAGAAGAAAGCGCUGGUGGACUCGCGCAGUGUACGGCAAAAUAUUGCUGAGGCGAAUCAGGCUCUGAAUGCCUGUCUCAAUGUGCUUAGGCUCGCCAACCAGGUCGUUGAUCUGUUGAAGGAAAAAAAUCACUACGGGGCACUGCGCGCAUUGGAUGAGCUGCAAACGAUCCACUUGAAAGAGAUAAGCCGCUACAAGAUUGCCGAAAUGAUCGAAAAGUCUGUCCCAAUGACGCAGAAAAUGAUCGGUGACGCGGUUAUGGCUGAUUUGAAUACCUGGUUGUUCCGGAUCCGGGAGUCUUCGCAGUUCCUGGGCGAGAUCGCCUUCUACUAUACCGAUGUACGACGUGGAAGGAACCAAGCACGAGCUGAGGCAGAUGAGCGAUUUGCGAAGUUCAAGCUCAACUCGGCCAUCGAGCUUGUUGCCGAUGAGACGGACGAGUUUGAUAUCCUAAACAACGAGGAGACCAACCUGGAGAUCGAGUUCACACCUCUAUUUGAAGCAAUGCAUAUACAUGAGACCUUGGGCAAAAGCGACCAGUUCAGAGCCACAUAUGCAGCCACUCGGAGAGAACAAAAAGAUUUGCUGCUACCACAGAGCCUGGAUCUUCUUGACCCUGAGUGUGGGGAUUUAAGUAGCUUAUUGGAGAGUAUUGCGGGCUUUGCCAUUAUUGAGAAGGCCACGAUGGCGAAGACUGAGAAUUUCCGCCAACCUGCAGAUGUCGACGAAUUGUGGGAGUCAAUGUGUCAAAGUGGCAUAACACUGAUCACGAAUGCCUUGCCUAGUGUAUCCAACGAUGAACUCCUACUGAAAAUCAAAGGACGUAUCGUCUUGUUCAUGCUAACCAUGGAGAAAUGGGGCUAUUCGGUGACAGCGAUGAACAAGCUGCUCGUUACUCUCUUCGAGAAGUACUCCGAACUACUCAAACAGCGCUUCAGCGAAGACUUCCUGGAGAUCGUUUCUACAGACGAUUAUAUGCCAAUGCCCAUUACCAGCAUGGAGGAUUACGAUAAAGUGGUCUCUGUUAGCUGGUACAAUCCGGCAAAGCCGCGCGAAGAGCUCAAAUUCCCGCUCGCGCUUCCUUUCUCACAGAUGUAUCCCUUGUGUUGCAUCGACAUACGCAAUUUCCUCAACCAGAUCUACCUGUUUUCAGAUGACUACUUCCAGCGCACGGCGAUCAUCGAUGAGACCCUCCGAAACUCUCUUGACGAACUCCUGUGUGACAAAGUGUGCAAGUCCUUGGUGGAGCGUCUAGCAUCCCAGUACCCGGGCCAGAUCGUACAGAUUCUGACCAACCUGGAGCACUUUGAGGUCGCUUGUGCGGAGCUCCAAGAGCUUCUCUUCAACGCACGGACUUCGCCUUCUGUAACAGGGCCGGUAGUUCUUCAGGCCACUGAGGACUUCAAGAAUGCAAAGAAAUCAGCGUCUGACCGCAUCUUUGAGCUCGUCAAUUCGAAGAUUGAUGAUUUGAUCGAGACGGCGGAGUACGAUUGGAUGGCCACGAAGCCAAACACUGAAGCCAGCAACUAUAUGCAAGAACUGACCCGGUACCUCCACAACAUCAUGAGCUCUGUGCUCUUAGCUCUACCAACAGAAAUCAAAGAGUUCAUCUACUUCGACGCACUCAGCCAUGCAUCGACGGCGAUACUGAACCUCAUGCUCGACGACUCCGUAAAGCGUAUCACACCGGCGGCAGUCGCUAACCUCGCCACCGACACCGCCUUCCUCUCCUCCUUCGUCUCCCGCCUCAACAACCCUAUCCUAAUGGAAAAUCUCGACGAGUUACUCCAGACGGUCGCGCUCAUGGGCACGGAGAACACGGAUGAGUUCUUUGAUGUCGCCCAACGCAAUAAGAAGUACGGGAAGGUGGAUAAUAUGAAGGGAGCGAUUUUGAUUGAGAAGGUGACUGAGGGUGCGGCGGUGGCGGCGCAGACUCCGGCGAAACCAGCUGUUAGCGAUAAUCGGUUCGGAACAUUGGGGUCCAGAUUCGGUAUUCGGUAAAUAGUAACGUCUUGGAGGGAGUAAGCUUGAAACUUAUUUGGUUGAAAAACCAGGGAUAAGAGAUGGGUGUAUGGUGUGCCAAAGCUAGGCGUUUGGAGUUAUAUGCCACUACAUAAGCGGUCGGCGGUAGCUAGUUUGGUUAUAUGGACUGCAUGCAUGUAGAUGCAGUGAUGUGACCAUGGGCUUGGUUCGCUGGGCUUUCCUGCCUUUCAGGGAACCUCUAUCUUAUACUGUCAUCUGUUUCCGAUGCCUUCAAUAAGCUCUCUGAUGUCAUAUCGACUCGUCCUAUUUCCUAUACUAAGUUCCGUACGCUUAACUCUUUU